AUGAUCCACAGUGGUGAGUAGUGCUCGCUCGUGCAUCGGGUGUGCACGAGCUCAGUCUGACGGGCUAUGCGGCCGCCACUGUGUCCCUCCAACUCGCACUUGGGAACGGGUUCGCAUGCCCAGUACUCAUCUUCAACAACUCGGGCAAGCCACGGCUGAGCAAGUUCUAUUCCGUGAGUUGAAUGCUUUGGUUGGACAUUCUCUCGUGCUCCUCCCCCGAGCCUGACCUCCUCGUCGCGCUCUCACUCAGCCGUCGUCGCCUUCAACUCGAGCCGCCAUUCUCGAGCGCAUCUAUUCGCUCGUAUCCGUCCGAGGCGAUACACUCUGCAACUUUGUCGAGCUCCCCUCAGCCAGUGCGUUCGGUCAGAGUCACGACGGCCAAGAGGGGGAGGAACCUGCCGAGGAUCUACGGGUCAUCUACCGUCACUAUGGUUCGUGCUGGCCCCGUCGAGAACAAAAGCUUUCGUAGGUACGACACGAACUGAAACCGACAAGCUUGCAGCCACGCUCUACUUUGUAUUCGUUGUCGAUCAAUCCGAGUCGGAACUCGGCAUCCUCGACCUCAUCCAGGUUCGUCUUCGUGUGUGGGGCGGAUUGCUCGCCAUGAGUAAAGAAAGUCUGACUCCCACGAGUCUAUCUAAUUCCCAUCCGUUCUAGGUCUUCGUCGAGUCUCUCGACCGGUGCUUCGAGAACGUGUGCGAACUCGAUCUCAUCUUCCACUUCGACCAAGUCAGUUCUCGGAAUAGUGCGCAUCGUGCCUCGCAAAGUUCAAAAACUGACCUCACCACCUCCCAACUCUCGAAAGGUCCACGCCCUCCUCAGUUGCAUCAUCACCGGCGGACUCGUACUCGACACUUCGAUCGACUCAAUCCAGGCCUCCUUCUCGGCUCAGACGAAGGCGAGGAAAGCGUCGCAGAGUGGGAACGGGAUAUCGAGCGUGGGGUCCGGCCUGCUGAGCUCGGGCGUGCAAGAGGGGUGGGAUCGGUUAGGCCUGGGAGGGUGA